UACGUUUAUUUUCAGAGCUCUAAAUGUUAGGGCUAAGCAUUAUGCAAAACAGGCUUUAUGGACCUUGAACCCAACUUAAGGUUUUAAUGAAAAUUAAGGAUUUACAAAAAAAAAGAAAAAGACGAAAGUUCUACUAGUUUGUUCACUGUUUAUGUACGCCCACCAUUAUCAUAGUAGGCCCAUUUAAGCACUUCAAUUAGCAUCAUUCAAAUCCUUGUUUGUUUUUUAAAUAAUCUUUUAAAUAUUUUGAAAGUUAUAAAAAAGAGGUAAUUUUUCUCACUUUCUUGGUUAACGUGGACCGUCCACACCGACCAUUAAUUGGUUGGCGAAACACAAUGUGUUUGGACAUGUACUAUAUGUUUUUAUAACCUUUCAAGAAAAAACACAAAACCUUGUUCCGAUCAAUGUUUAUGGUUUAACGGGAAACUAGUGCUAAGUAUCAUUAAAUUAACUUAUAAUUAAAAAUAGACAUAAAACAAGUAGUUGAGGGAGUGGUGAUAAACUCAAAACACUAUAAAUAGAGUGUGGUUGAGCUGUGUAACUCAUCAAUCCUCACAACUUACAAAGCAAAGUAUUUUUCGCAAUCAAAAGUGUGUGUUUACGUAGUUUUUUGGUGUUAGCUAGUUACUUGUUUUAAGAGAUGCGGGAUCAUCCUCGUUCAAGUGAGCAACAAGAAGCUGAUGAUGCAGCUUCCAAAGGUUGUGGAAUGUUUGACUUUCUCAAGAAGAAACCUGAAGAUGAGCAUGUCUAUGUGACUGACGCGACCAAGGAAAAAAAGGAAGAGGAGACACCUUCGCUUGCGGCAAGGCUUCACCGUUCUGGCAGCUCUUCGAGUGAUGAAGAAGUGGAUGAAAAUGGGGAAAAGAAGAAGAGGAAAGGAUUGAAGGAGAAGGUGUUUGGUCACAAGGAUGAAGAUCAUGUUUCUGAUGAUCAUCAAUAUACAACUGAGGAGAAGAAGGGCGUCACGGAGAAGAUCAUGUUAAAAGUUCAUGCAGGUAAAGGGACUCAUGAGCAAGCCAACAAGCAUGAGCAUGAAGAUGGGGAGAAGAAAGGGUUUAUGGAGAAGAUGAAGGAGAAGCUUCCUGCAGCUGGAGGUCAUCAUGACCAAGCCAACAAGCCUGAACCUCAGGAGGAUGGGAAAGAGAAAGGGUUUAUGGAAAAGAUCAAGGAGAAGCUUCCUGCACCUGGAGGUCAUCAUGACCAAGCCAACAAGCAUGAGCAUCAUGAGGAUGGGAAGGAGAAAGGGUUUAUGGACAAGAUUAAGGAGAAGAUUCCUGGAGGUCACAAUGGAAAGCCCGAAGUUGAGCCUCAUCAUGAAAAUGGUAAAGAGAAAGGGUUUAUGGAGAAGAUCAAGGAGAAGCUCCCUGGUCAUAUCAAGCAUGAUGACAGUGAUGAGCAGAAAAAGGAAACUUAGUCGUUCGUAAACCCUUUUUUUUUUACUUUCUUGAAUCAGCUUUCUGUUUUCAGCACUUGCUUCAUCAUCUUCUUGUACUGUGAUCACCUCAUCAUGUCAAUGAAAUGCCAACUUUCCCUUUGAAAACUCAUGAAUGCGUGACAUUUUGUUCUGUUCUCUUUGAAAGCUUUGUUUCAAUUUUGCUUUAAGAUACUUUUGACACAUAAGAUGAACAAGCUAUCUUCCUAUCUAGGCCUAAUCAGUUUAAGUUUGGACCCAAUAAAGGCCAACUUAAUCUCUAUAUGUUGCAUGAUUGACUGUCGAGACUUGAUUACAAGAUAAGUCAGAACAAAGUGUGAGAGAAGUGAGAACACAAACACGGUGACUGUGUAUGAUCAGGUUGAAAGAGAAAUGAGAAAGACGUCUCUCUCAACGGGAAGAAAAAGAAGAAGAUGUGACUUUUGUCAGUUUGCCUAACCGGUGUGUCCAAGACUGGCGGAAGAUCCGUCACCAGUUUCAACCAUAUUGUGCCGCCCACGAAGUUGUCCUGCGGCCAUGAACGGUGGUUGCGAAGCAGAGACCACCUCUGAAACCCUUGAUACGUCGAUCUGCUCAAAACCGCUCAGGUCCGAGAAAGCACACACCGCCACACCCCCAAGACGGCGAGGAAAAGCCAGACUGACGAGAAACACACGGCUGAGAACGGCCAUCUCACCGUAAAUCUGCCGACGCUGAGCUCUCCUCGACAAUCAGACAAACCUCCGCCCCGAUAGCUUACCAGCCACCGCCGUCAGUCUCCCAGUCGCCCUCAAACCGGAAGAGCACCGCCGUCGAUGAACGAGCCACCAGAGCAUCGAUCUCUCCUAGGGACCUCCACACCAGAGCAUCCAUCAGAUACUUCAAGAGGAGGGUGAGACAGCUCACAGCACAACGGACGACACCUCCUCCGUCUUAGUAGCUCAUUAUCCAGAGGGGAGGAGAACAGCAAUGAUUACUGGUGGGAACCAUAGAUCGAGCGCCUCCAAACCAUAGAUCCGGAUACAUUACCCCAACUAUUUUCUUUGUGCUGACAAGAUACCACCUCGCAUGGCAAUAUCUUUCCCAACUGCAAUGAUGAUCGGAUUAUGGUGAUGAACCAGAAAAGAACCAAACUUUUCAGAUAUUCUUGGAGUUUUAGAAGGAGAAAAGUGAUGUGUUUUGUUGGAGAGAAGAUCUCACAUCGGAUAUAUGAAAGGAACUUGAGUAAUAUAUAAGGGAUUUGGGCCAAUCCACUAAUUGCCAAUUGGUUUUAAGUUGGAAGCCCAUAUUAAACCCGAAUCUAACAUGGUAUCAGAGCCCAGAUCCUAAUAAGUUAAACCCCUAAUUAAUAUUAACCCUACCCGACCGAGUAUAUAGGUCGUAAUUGACUCGCUCGACCGAAUAUAACUGUCUUAAAAA